CGUCAUUGCAACAUACGCUAGUGCAAUCAUCGACUAUAGCUUAAAUCAGUGUACGUGUGCGACACCAACAUACUGCACGCUACAUAUCUAGUUCAAAAUGGAUUUUAGACUACGAAGCAUGUCCGUCGUGCUGGUCUUAUUAUUCAUAGCCGAGGUCGGUUUUGGUGCUUACCGAAGCAGCUACAGAGGUUACAGCGGCUACAGAAGUUACAGCGGCUACAGAAGUUACAGCGGUUACAGAAGUUACAGCAGUUACAGAAGUUAUCGUUUCUACCGUGGUUCUGGCUCCGUCGAUACCAGCAGUGCGGAAUUCAUCGCCGGCAUGGUGGUCGUGGGGAUAGUUGGUGCCAUCGGAAAUAUCAUUCUUAUUAUUUGGCUUGUGAUGAAAAUUCGCACUAUUUGCUCCUCCCCUAAAGUGACCACUACCCCCCCGCCCCACAGUGGACACAGUACACAAAGGAUUCAUUCAUAACGACAACUACAGCAUGGAGCUCGUAAACCCGCCCCCUCCACCGCACUACUCCGAUGUGCAUAUGCAUCUUUAAAUGAACAUUGUUCACAUAUGUAGGAGGUAUCUCUUUAGAGAAUUUAUAUUUGAUAGAUAUGGAGAAACUGUGUGGUUUUUGUGGUUUAAGUUUCUGUACUUUUUUGUAUGAUACUUCCUUUGGUCAAGACCACAUUUUUUAGACAUUGUUCUAUACGAACGAAAUAAUGCAUAUGACUGUUACUUUCAAUCAAUUUACUUUCAAACUUCAUUGUCUUAACAGGUCGAUUAAUUAAUGGCUUUGUUUAUUUGUUUUUACCAAGUAAUGGUCAAAUCAUGAUUAUUAUUGCCCAGAACAUGCCUUCUAAUGAACGCUGGACCGGGUUCGAAAAUAGUUGCAUUCCGUUUCAAGACAUGGCCAUGAAUAUAUGGGGCAGGUUUUCUUUUUGGCCAGAGGAAAACCUUGUUGAUAGUUUUACGGUUUUAAUAAAAAAAAUUAUGAAACUUGCUCAAAACAUUUUUCUCUGAUGGCGGAGUUCGACAAUUGUUCCGGUCUGUUAAAAGAAAUGAGUUUUCUUAUUUGGCAACGGUGAAACUUUGUUAAAAUCAAGAAGCUAGAUUUUUGGUCUAACCAAGAUGUAACUGUUUCAGAACAUGUGUUCUAAUGAUUUAUAGGCCGAGCUUGAAAAUGGUCCCGGUCCAUUAACAAACAAGGCAUCCAUAGUCGUUGCAAUUUUUCAUAUACGGAAAGAGUGAAUCUCGCAAAUGUGGUCAGUCAGUAUGAAGCUUAAUCACAACAUUUGUUUUAAUUAUAUCUGAGCCUAUUUAUAAAAUGGUUUGGCAGUUUUCCUGAUUUUGCUAUAGCGAAAUUUAUAAUAUAAUAUAAUCUUCGAUUUGUAUCGCGGGUUGAAUAGGCGUAAAAAUAACCGCUAAUGGCACCAAAUUCACACAGAUGCCGAGUUAAAUUUUCGCGAUUAAAAAGAACAAUACUGUCAAUUAUCAAAAACCUAAUAUCUGUUGGUAACAAUGCAUGUAUUAUACAAUAGAUUCAACAUCAACCUUAUUAAUAUUCUAUUGAAAUCCGUAGCCGAUUUUAAAUUUAAAACAGCCUAUAAGUAGCUGCACAAAAACUAUAGACGAUAAUUUAGCUAAGUUCUUCGUUAAUCUUAGAUUACUAUAAUUACACCAAGUGUAUGAUUUUUGAUUGAAAUUAUGUACUUAAAUUGAGUAUAAAUAUGAAUGUGUUUAUGUAACAUUUACUGCUAUUAUAUAUGCAAUGAAGUGUAAAAUAGAUUUAAACGAUAAAACAUAUAUAUUAAAGAGAUAAUUUAAUUUUACAUCAUGAAGGUUUUAAAAUAAAACAGUCCAAGAUAGUGACACUGUUAAAAAUAAAAUAAAAAGGUUAACUCGGCCAUAAGAAAGUCGAAUACCGAGCCAUAAAUUGAUUCACUGCACAAACAUACAUGUACAUGUAGUGUGGGUUAAAACUUAUGCCGAUUUUUGAUGUAUUGACUUGACGGAAGCAAAUGUGUUAUAUAUGUCCUCGUUCUUACUUGAUUUCCUUGCGGACAUGUCAAAUGUUUUGCGACAAUAAAAAGGCCAUGGUAAAGCUAUCAUAUAAUACUGAUGUAUUGCUGUUUUACUUCGUUGUUUUCUUAAGCAGGCAAUAGCGGUAAUAAACCUUUUAUUUGUUCCGUGAAAAUGCUUUAAAAGUUUAAAUUAAACUUUUUACAUAAAAUGAGAACCUUUAACCGAUCGUAUAUAUUAUUAUCUUUUGACAAUGAUUGUCUUUAGGUAGUCAUCUGAUUAUCAAUUCCGUUUUUU